GCGAUUCACAAAUAGAUUCCUAACCUUACCUUUGUUUUACAUGAAUACAUCGAUAACAGAAAUCGACAUUACUUAAUCACGAUUUUAACUUGUCAUGCAAAAAAUUGUGCACUACUCGAAAAAGUAUUUUAAUAUUUGAGAUACUGGACGAUAAGCAUAAGAGGUGUUAUCAAAAGCAAUGUUUGUUUUCAAUAAAAUAUAGAUACAUGUUUAAACAAAGUGUAAUAUUGAAAUUUGUUGUAGCUAUAGAAACUGCAUAACCCUUAAUAAUGCUAAUUGUUCUUAAGAAUUUCAAGUUAAGUUUGGAAAAGUGAACGAGAAAAGUAUGAGAAUUUCGUAAGCUUGUUUGUUUUGAAUUUACAAUGGAUCUGUUGGUAACGCUGAUCAUGAAAGAGAAUUGAAACAUCCGAAUCCGGCUUGAAGUUGAAGUUGCGUGUCUGGUAUGUAUGGACGGCAGUUUUGCUAAACGAAUGACUGUUACAAAGAAACAAUUUUACAUGUAAUAUGAAACGAAGGAAAUUAGUUAAUCCCUAAUAACUAUGCAGUGUCUAUAGUUUUGCACUUUAUUUCUUAGUGAUAACAGCCUAACAUAAAUAGAUUCUUCUUAACGAGACGGCAUGUUUGUAAGAGCCUGGUUGCGAAUUCUCACGGGGGAUGAAUGAGGAAGAAUUAUUGAAACGGUCUGCCGCUGAGCGAGAUAGAAUAUUUAGCUGCUAUGACCGUGGUAGAGAAAAUGGAGCAGAAAUCGAUCCAUGGGAAGAUCCUACUUACGAAGUAUAUCAUACCACGGACAGAUAUGGAUUCAUACACGACAAACGUCUACCGCAAAAGCCGGACCCGAACGAAAUUAAGACUCAUCGUGUGGAAAUAGAGAGGUUAAAAAAAUGGGAGAAGAUGACGAAACAAUGGGACAGUUCCUCGACUAAAGAAAAGUUACGACGUAGAAUAUAUAAAGGAAUUCCUAAUAGAUUUCGUGGUCAAGUUUGGGCGCUACUUCUGGGAAUUAAAAAUUUGAAAAGAGAACAAGCUGGUAAAUACGAGGAAAUGUUACAACUUGCUCGUCAAUGGUCUACCGAAAUAAGACAGAUCGAUGCCGAUGUGGCUAGACAAUAUAGGGAUCAUAUCAAUUAUAGGGAGAGGUAUAGCAUAAAACAACGAUCCAUGUUUUAUGUCCUGGCUGCAUAUAGUAUGUACAAUAUGGAAGUGGGUUAUUGUCAAGGAAUGUCUGUAUUAGCUGGAUUACUUUUGUUAUAUAUGGACGAAGAAGAUGCAUUUUGGGGUCUUUCCGUGUUACUUGCCGAUAAGAAGUACACCAUGCAUGGAUUUUACGUUGACGGGUUUCCGAAAUUAAAUCGUUUUAUAGAACAUCAUGACAAAAUUAUGAAUAAAUUUUUGCCAAAAUUAAAGCGAAAACUUGAUAAAUGCGGUUGCGAUUCUAUUCUGUAUGCUUUAAAAUGGUUCUUUGUUGUUUUUCAAGAGAGGACACCCGUUAAUCUUGGCCUUCGAAUUUGGGAUAUAUUUUUAUUGGACGGUGAUCGUAUUUUACCUGCUAUGGCAUAUACAGUCAUGAAAAUGCAUAAGCGUUUUCUUAUGCCAAUGGAAAGUCUUGAUGAAUUUUGUAAUUAUCUGCAAAUUAAAUUGGAGAAAGACUUUUGUUUCGAUGAUGAUACAGUGAUAAAUACUAUGGAACGUAGUAUGGAAGAAUUGAAACGGGCUAAAUUGGAUUAUCCCGGUCCUCCUUUACCGCAAGAGUUACCAAGAACUCCAUUUGGCACAUUCAAAGAACCUACAUUUGCUAGUAAGGUUGGGAGACGAGCCGAAGAGUUUAGCGAAGCACAGCACGUAAUGCGUGAAUCUAUAACGCAACGUAGAGACUUAGUGCUCGUCGACGAUGGUAGAGAAAGUACAACACCAGUCGAACCAACGGGUUGUGGUCUUGGCGGAAGCAAAUUCUCAUUUGAUCCAAGUCUCGAUGAUGGGGCCUCUCCCAAUGGCUCGCGCCGGUCAUUGGCAGACACAUCUGUUACUUCGACAGCCGACCUUUCCGUAUUUAGUUCGGCAACACGGUCUCAAGCGUUAGACAAUAGUCUCGAUACUCAAAGUAAUAUUUCUAAUGCUAGCUCGGGUAGCGGUGGUUUGCCUACUCCCAGAGCUACGCCUCAUCAACCGAGUCCAGAUGUUGUACGAAUUUAUGUACCGUAUACUUCACCUAUAUCUGGCUCAUACAAAGACGAUCUUCCACGUACACUUCCACGAUCAUUAGAAACUAAUCGGAUCCGUAUACGGGUCGAUCCCGAUCAGACACCGAUAGUAGAGAGUCUCAAACCAUUUUCAUUAGAAACUCCGGAAGUUGAAUUAGAUUUAAAAUAAUCUGUUCAUUUGGUAGGCAUAUAAUUAACGAGCAAACAAAAUAAUUCAUGACAUUACAAUUAGCAGUGUUUAAGCAUAUUUUUAUUUCUAUAAUCGAUAAAGAUAAUAACGAGUAACGUUUUGUCUAGAAUAAAAUGUUAUUUGUUAAAUAUUACAUAAGUGAGAAAAUAAUCCUUUAUACUUCAUACAAAAAAUACAUGAAAAAUUACACAAGAGUAGGACAAGUACUACGUGACUACAUAAAUAUACAACUACUAGAGAAAAAUCACCUACAGCAUAUAUACCACAAGUAGAAUAUUUCACAAAUUGUUUUCUCAUUUACGUAGCGAAUAAGUAUUUAUUUGUCGGUCUUCGUUUUAUUAAGAAGUCAUGGUUGAACACUGCGAAUAACGAACAUCAACUAUCCGGAUAAAUUAUUUAAAUAAAAAUGCUGUAUCGAAAUAAUUAUCUAAAUAAGGAUUUAUUUGAAUAACACCCAACUCUGAGAAUUAGUAUUAAACACAGAUUUAGGUGAAUAAAACUAAAUCUGCGUUGUAUUAUACACAGAAAACUGAUCGCGAACUGAUGGUAAUUACAAUAGGUACGAUGAUAAACAAUGUUCAUUAAAUUAAUGUGCACAUACGUAUGAUUGUCCCUUCUUCGAAGGCCCACGUGUAGAAUCAAAGUAAACAUGAUGUAUCAUGAUAUUUCUUAUUCAAGUAUAAACCAGUGUAUGUUGUGAGUACUAUUUAGUCUCAAAAGUAUUAUAGCAAUUCGUGUUUAACGAAAAUUACUCCUACACUUUCUCUAUGGCCUAAUUUAUGUUUAAAGUAAAACACAAACAAUUUACAAAUAUGUAAUAGAGAAUUACAAUUUUCACUCUGUUAUUCCUAAUCAACGAUCCCGAUCAACGAGAUCUUCGAUAAUAAACUUAUUUCCAUCAUUCUCGUCGAAUCAUUUUAUGCAGACUACUGCAUAAUAUUUUUCAUGUGUCGAAUUAUAUCAUACAAAGAUAUAGAUCGAUACGAAACUUUAAGAUAAUGGAACUUUAUGCAGUAUAAAAACGAAUUAUGUAUUAAACUUAAUUGUAAUAUUUAGUAAAACAUACUCAAAUAUUCAGACAAUGAAAUUUUAAAAUAUACAAAUAUUAAUAUAUGUAUAAGGCAUUGCAAACAGCUUUAUUAAUAGGAAUGUAAACUUUAAGUAUAAUGUAUAGAUAAUUUCUGUAAAGUAUGCGUUUUUAAAUCUCUCCAUCAGACAAACGUUAUACAAAAUAUUUUGGAAUAUACCAAAAAUUGGCUAUUCUACAAGUAUACAAAUACGAGUCAAUUUUCCAUAGUAAAUAUAGAAUUAAAAACAAUAUUUUUGUUACAAUACUAUAAGCAUAUAGAAUCCUUUGAAUAGUCAUUAUUAUAUUUUCAAUAUUGUGUAUAUUUCUCUAAAAAUUUCUACAAGUACUGCGUAUGUCAUAAACGAGUAUACAUAAAGUUCCAUACUCUAGAAAUAUUUAAUGAGUAAAAUUAAUUUUGCAUUCUAGAUACUUUCUAUGAUACAACAAAUAGAAGAAAAUUAUUUUGAGAAAAAGUUAUCAUUUAAGUAAUUACGAAUACAUAAAAAAUUAAAAUAAAAUGAGAUCUGAAAUUAUUUGUUAUUAAAUUGGCAGAUUAUUGAUAACGGCGUAGAACUUUUACAUUGCCGAUUAUUCUAAGAAAAUUAGACCAUGUAGUUUACAUAAUUUGUUAAUUACUUAUUUUGGGAACAAUUGAAUUGGUACAUAAUUCCAUAUGGUAUCGAUACGAUAAAACUUAUAAAUUGUAAUUGAUAGGUUAUUAUAAGAUAACGAUCGUAUCCUCCAAAAAGUUACAUUCUGCAAGUAUGUUAAGUAUUAUACUGCCACAGUACUAUUAAUACUUUAUUUAUUUUAAGUUUUGUUUUUCUUUCUUUUAUAAGGAUCAAUGAAAGAUUUACUAUUGUAUGUACAUACAUAAUAUUAAAGAAAAAGGAAUCUUUCGUUAUACUCGUUAGUAUUCGAAAGAGAUUCGUAAAUAAAAAGUUUGCAAAGAAUUUGACCGAGUCUUUGCCAUGGAAUGUGAAUAUUGAACAGUCUUCUAAUAUGCUUCAUAUCUAUUGUUUAAAUGUACAAAAACAUGCUUUAGAUAAGUGUAAUUACAAUUGCGAUAUGCUUCUGAAUUCAUUGGUUCUGUAAAACAUUCCUGGACGUACAAUACAGUAUUCCUCUAUGUAUGUAUAUAAAUAGAAUACAAAACUUAUGGCUAUUAACCUGUCAGCAAUUACUUAUUAUAUUUAAUAACAUAUAAGGGUGAUAUUUGUUAAAUAAAUAUUAAAUGUUAACGGUUUGAAUCUUUAUUGCAUUGUAAAGGAUAUCAAACACGCAGUGUACAGUUCUAUGGUAACCCUUGUAUGAGCUUGGAUAACAUUAAGUUUUCAUGAACUUACAUGAAAUAAAUUCUUAAAGUUAUAAACAAAAUAUGGAAUUGUAUAGGUCUGAAAAAAUCUUAAUAUAAAUUAAACAAAUUAUAUCGAUUUAUUUUAAAAGAACUACAUUCCUUUGUUUCAUAUUAAAAUUGUAAAAAUGCACUAGUUUGUUAAUAUUUAAGAUGAUCCAUUUGACAUUUUAGUUGCCACGUUUACACAAACUACACUUACAUAUUAAAUUAUCUUGCAAUAUAAACAACACAAAUGCUCCAUUAGUUUGGUUUUAUUUUAAAUUCGUCAAGAUCAUUUUUUAUGAUUUAUUUCUAUACGAAUGCGUAUACUAUAACAUUAGGGAGUAUUGAUUUUAAUAGUAGGACGAAUUUGUAUAACAGGAAACAGGAUGAAGAGGAGCAUAAUUUUAUUUACGUGUAAAUAAUGGAUUUUGUAGCAAAAGUAAUGCCUAGGACAAAAAAAUUAGACUUUAGGAAGCUAAAAGUAUCGUGUGAUUGUCCAAACUGGUAUAACUGUAAUAUGUAAAAUAUAUAUAUUGUGCCGAGUAAUUCAAGUUUCUUGUAAUAUCAGGUGAUAAUUCGUUUUAGAUUGGAAUGAUUGGAAUAUGGUAAAGUAAUUUCGUAUUGCUAUUAGCAAAAUAUUGCAAUGCCUUUAUUAAGACAAACAUGAAGUAAUACUACAUACAUUCACAUGCUUUCAGUACAGAUUUCCUUAUUUGAAUAGACUUUAAAAUAGAAAAAAAUGUGUCAAAAAUAACUUGUCGAUCGUUUUGUUCAUUAUUCACAUUCGUCUUGUCGCACUAUAUAGAUAAAUUGAAGUUCAAAUGUAAUACCUGAUGAACGUCUAUGUAAUAUGUAAUAUUGUAGUUCAAGCGGAUAUUUUUUUUAUACAAAAAUUAAAAAUACGCAAUAUAGUAUAGACUUCUGUGUAUCAUUAGUAGGAUAUUCAGUAAGACAGGUACAAUCUAAUAAUGCAAUACUCGUAUAACUUCUUGAUGCCUGAUAAAACAUGCUGUAAAUGAUUGAAACCAUCGAAAUAAUAAACAAUAAAGAAUACGAAUUAAAAUUUUGUUUCUUUUCAGAA